UUCAUGCCGUGGAGGCACCUACCUCUCUGAUGACGGUACAUGUGUGCCUUGUUCAAAACCACCAAAGACACAAACAAAGAACUCCAUAUAUAGCAUGUACUGUGAGGGUGUUUGUGGUAAGGGGAAAAGAGGGCUUUACUGUGGACAAGAUUGUAGUGAUGGAUGCAACAAUUCAUUCUGUAACAGAUGGACCGGUGAAUGUAUCAAUGGUUGUAAGUCUAAUCGUUACGGUACGAAGUGUGACAUACCUUGUGAGCACUGUGCCUCCUGUGUGGAUGUGGAAGGGCAAGACUGUGUUUGUAAUAAUGGUUAUUACGGUGGGCAAUGCAAGCAAAAGUGUCCAGUCAGCUGCAAAAAUAACACAUGUAAUUCUGAAGGCAUGUGUCAUUUGGGCUGUGCGGCUGGUUGGGUAGGAGACAAAUGCGACCAACAGUGUCUGAACUGCGUGGACGAUUCUGACUCAAAGUGUUUUAUCGGAUGGUACGGACAAACAUGCAGCCUGAGCUGUCGAGGUCGAUGUUCAAAAGGACUUUGCAGCGUAAAUGGAUCGUGUGCUGCUGGGUGUCUCGAGGGCUUGUUCGGAGACACCUGUGAAGAGACGUGUCCUGACACGUGUGAGUCCCGUUCCUGCAAAGCUGAUGGCACCUGUAAGUCUUGUCCUGAUGGGUAUCGAGGUAGCAGAUGCGAUCAGACAUGUGACUUAAAAUGCAGAACGUGUCAGCAAGUCGGAAAUGACUGCAAGUCCUGUACAUCUGGAUAUUUUGGUAACUCAUGCCAGUUUCAAUGCAAGAACUGCAGGAAAGGACUCUGUCACAAAACAAAUGGUACAUGUUCGCGUGGAUGCAAGAAUGGAAUGCACGGGCCAUAUUGUGACAAAAAGUGCAACAGGAAUUGUAGAAGACUGUCGGCUGAUACCUGUUUGAUGGACUCGGGAUGGUGUAACCACGGCUGUCGAAGAGGCUGGUUUUGGAUACAAUGUGACCGAAAAUGCGCCAACGGUUGCAGAUUCCCAUGUGACAGAGAGACGGGAGAAUGCAGUGUUGGAUGCAAACCAUCUCUCUAUGGCUCCUUCUGUAACAGCAGCUGCAGCGACCACUGCCUCAACUCGGACUGUAUGCUGACCAUUGAUGGGUUCACUGUAGUAUGUGUUGACGGAUGCAGGAACGGGUGGUCAGGUCCCUAUUGCCAACGAGCAAACACGAGCCCCUGGAUUGUGAUUGCGUUUACAGUUGUUCCUGUCGGAAUCAUAUGUUGUCUAACUGGCGUUGUCAUCAGGAAGCUGCUGCUAAGAUGGUCCUGGUGAGACCAUUUUAGACAGCGGAGACAGUACUUGUCCCAUGCCAGGGUGGUGG